GUUUACCAAAAUAAUAAUUCUCUGUGACUUAAACUUAUGCUCAGUGAAUUGAAAUUUAUGGCAUGUUUCUAAAAACGUCAUAAUAUUUUUUAAUACUACACUUUUAGAAUGGUCAACAAAAGAAAUGUCAUUAAUAAUUCAACAAUACAUUGUUAUUGAAAUAAUUUAAUUUGGAUACGAUUUUCAUAUGACCUUUCGGAUAUUUUAUACAAUAUAACCUUGUUGAAAAGCAUUUGUUCAUUUUGAUGACUAUCUAUUAUAAAUAGAAGACCCGUGGGAAGGAAUGAAGGGAAAAAAGCUGUUACUUGAAAUAAUGGUGUUCAAAAACUGAUUUACUUUCAAUUAUUAUUAAUACCUCAGAUAUCACUAAGAAUGUCUCCACCUAGUAAAUUAGAUGCUAUAUAUCGUAGCAUUAUGCUGGCAAAAUUUUUUACCAAAGGAUGGGGAAAACCAGAAAAUCUGAAAAGACUAUUUGCAUUUCGAAAAGUAAUUUCCAACCGAGAAACUUGCAGACAUUUGGUUGAUCCAGAAUAUCCUAUAAUCAUUGAUAAAGUGGAGAAAUAUCCCAAUUAUCAACUCCUUGAUGGUCAUUUUUUGAGUCCUUUCGUUAACCAUUUGCCAGAAGUUGUCCCUGAAGAAUCAAGGAUAGCUAGAUUUCAAAUUCUUCUUCCCAGCACAUGGAAUUCUGAGGUAGUGCGACCAAUAUGCUUACAUUUAGCUGGUACAGGUGACCAUUUUUAUUGGCGCCGAAGAAUGUUGAUGGCCAGACCACUUUUGAAAGAAGCAGGAAUAGCCUCCAUUUUACUUGAAAACCCUUUUUAUGGUUCUAGAAAACCUAAAACACAAAAGCGGUCAAGUUUGCAUAAUGUCUCUGAUAUAUUUGUCAUGGGUGGUUGCUUGAUUUUGGAAUCUCUUGCCUUAUUCCAUUGGUGUGAAAAACAGGGUUUUGGACCUCUAGGUAUAUCUGGAAUAUCAAUGGGAGGACAUAUGGCAUCACUUGCUGGAUGUAGUUGGCACAAACCUAUCCCCAUAAUUCCUUGCCUUUCUUGGACAACUGCCUCACAAGUUUUUACUCAUGGUGUGAUGAGUGCAGGAAUACCAUGGCCAUUGUUACAAAACCAGUAUUCAUCUGAUCAUGUGUAUCAAGAUGAAAUUUGGAAAAUGCUUCAUUCACCUGAAGAGUCAUGUGCAUUCAAAGCUGGUGUUCAUUUUUCUCGAAAUUAUCCUUCAAGUUUGGACCACAUAGAAAUGUUACAAGAGCAAAACAAGUCAAAAUAUCCAACCCCUUCCUCUUCUAACAUGGGUCAAAAUAAAACUGUUUUGCAUUCUGAAAUUGCACAAAAUAAUGAAAAAUCAAAACAAUUAAUGAAUCCUUCAGAACUUUCAAGGCUUGAAGCUUUGAAUUUCAUGAGAGGAAUUAUGGAUGAAUGCACACAUCUAGGCAAUUUCACCCCACCUGUUGACCCAAGUCUCUCCAUUGUUGUAACUGCUGAACAUGAUGCAUAUGUUCCAAGAGAUGGCAUUAAAUCCAUUGGGGAUUUGUGGAAUGGAUGUGAUAUUCGCUACAUUGACGCUGGUCACAUUACAGCUUUUCUUUUUAAUCAUGGUGUUUUCAGGAAAGCCAUAAUUGAUGCCUUUGAAAAAACUGCUCAGAAGUAUUAUGGGCAGAGCAUACUUAGUGAACGCUCAAAAAUUGAACAAGACAUUAAGUCAUGAGUUUAUUUCUUUUUAUAAAGAAAUUCUACUUUGGAAUAAUACUUGCUACUUUCUUUUUAUAUAAUUAAGAGCAUAGUCAUGUACAUAAUUUGUAAAUGCCCUGUGAUUUUUAAUUGUGAAAUAGUUAUAUAUAUACUUGUUUUUGUUGAAAUUUCUUCUUUUUAAGCAAAAAAGCUGUUUUGCUUGUAAUAAUUUCCAUGUAAUUUAGACAGCAAUAUUUUAUAGAAUUGUUUUUAAUAAAGUCAGCCAACAAAGAUUUUAUUAAAAUACAGUAUUGUUUCAACUUAUUAAAAUAAAAAUAUUGUUUUGAAA